GGAUACAUAAAUUAUCUGUGGUCUAAAUGCUAACGUAAGAAGCGCAUUAGUAACCUGUGAUCUUCCUGGACUUGUCUUCGACUUAUUCGUGGUUUUCUAUAUCUGCUAUAUAUCUGCUGGCAACGUUGCAUGCAGAGAGGGAGCCGUUAGAGCACUGUACGAUAAUCACCGUGGUCAGUGGUCGUCUUAGUUACUCGACACCACGCUCGCUGCGUGCAACUUUCAGGAGAACAAACGACGACAUAGACAUGCCUUCUCAUAGAGACAAUGAGCGCCGUUCACGUCAUGACCGUUCACGCUCCAGAGACAGAAGAGAACGUUCGCCUACUCCAGAAAGUGGCUAUGACCUUCCACAAGGCGUCUCACCCAUAUCGGAGUCGGACUACUUUUUGAAAAAUACGGAGUUUAGAAUAUGGUUGAAGGAGGAGAAACACAAGUACUUUGAUGAGCUCUCAAGUGAGAAAGCUAGAAGCUACUUCCGAAAGUUUGUAAAGGCAUGGAACAGAGCGAAACUACCGAAGUCCCUAUACUCCGAAGCCAACUCCCAUAUAUCAUCAGCAGCAAACCAAACAGCUUACAAAUGGUCUUUCGCAUCUAAGGGCUCAAAUGCAGACGCAGGAACCUUGAAGGCUGUUCGAGAAGAGGUUGAUUCCGCGACGUACCGGCGUGCCACUAGUUCAUCCGAUACCGGUGGAGGUCGAAGCCGCGUACAUGGCCCAACUCUCCCUUCAGCGUCUGAUCGGGUCCUUGCCCGGGAAGCUGCGUCGGAGUAUCAAGCAGCAGAACAUAGCAUGAAGCGUAAACGAGAUCGCGCAGAAGCGAAAGAGCGCGUCGAGGACAUGAUGGGGCCGAAAGAGGUCGGUAAGGAGGGCAUGCUGGAGAAGAAGCGUGCCCGGAGAGAGGACGACCGUGCAUUUAGGGAGAAAGGUGAUGACGGCUUUGAAGCCGACGAGUCGACCCUCCUUGGUGGUGGGGAUAGUUUCAGGGACCACAUUGCUCGGCGAGAUGCAGCGCGGAAACGAUUCGAGGAGAAGCGUGCUGUAGGGAGAGAAGAUAAAACCGCCGGUGUACGCGAACGUGCUGCGGCCUUGCGAGAGAAGGAUAAAGCUACGAUGGACAUGUUUCAACAGUUGGCAAAGCAGAGAUUUGGUUAAGCACGACGCUGCAAUAUAAAUGUCUGAAUUUAUCUGAUCC